CCCCCAACUAAGAUUAAUGUCUGUUUCCCAUAAGCCGAUUCGUUAGAAGGCUCCUCUUUCUUUUUCUUUUCUUUAUUAAGGCUCCAUCCAGGAGCUACGGCCGUACCUAUAGCGGUGUGCACCUUUCCCUCGCCAGCCUUUCCACUAGUGACAAGGAUUGGUAAGCGGCGGGAGGGAGGCCGCCGUCGAAAGUGCCGACGCCAUCUCUGGCCUUAACCCCAACCCGGUGGGAAGGAUCAAGAUGGCGUGUCUGCUGGAGACCCCAAUCCGCAUGAGCGUCCUUUCGGAAGUGACAGCUAGCAGUCGCCACUAUGUUGACAGGCUAUUUGACCCUGAUCCCCAGAAAGUCCUACAAGGUGUUAUAGACAUGAAAAAUGCUGUAAUUGGAAACAACAAACAGAAAGCCAACCUUAUUGUUUUAGGAGCAGUUCCAAGACUUUUAUAUCUGCUUCAGCAAGAAACUUCAAGCACAGAGCUAAAAACUGAAUGUGCCGUAGUGUUGGGAAGUCUUGCUAUGGGGACUGAAAACAAUGUCAAGUCUCUCCUGGACUGCCAUAUUAUUCCUGCCUUGCUGCAAGGAUUACUAUCACAAGAUUUGAAGUUCAUUGAAGCUUGCCUUAGAUGCCUUCGUACUAUUUUUACCAGUCCAGUCACCCCAGAGGAGCUGCUUUAUACAGAUGCUACAGUUAUUCCCCACCUUAUGGCACUACUCGGUAGAUCUCGUUAUACGCAAGAAUACAUUUGUCAGAUCUUCUCUCAUUGCUGCAAAGCACCAGAUCAUCAAACAAUUUUAUUUAACCAUGGAGCAGUACAGAAUAUAGCUCAUCUGCUAACUUCAGUGUCAUACAAAAUAAAGAAACUAAGACUGAGAGAGGUUAAGUGCUUUGCUCAAGAUCAUACAAGCAAUAAACAUCAGAACCAGGUUCGAAUGCAAGCACUGAAAUGCUUCUCAGUUCUAGCUUUUGAAAACCCCCAGGUAUCCAUGACCCUUGUAAAUGUUUUGGUUGAUGGAGAAUUACUACCCCAGAUUUUUGUGAAGAUGUUACAGAGGGAUAAGCCUAUUGAAAUGCAACUCACAUCAGCAAAAUGCUUAACAUAUAUGUGCAGAGCUGGAGCAAUUCGGACAGAUGACAAUUGUAUUGUAUUAAAGACUUUGCCUUGUUUGGUUCGAAUGUGCAGUAAGGAAAGAUUGCUAGAGGAGCGAGUUGAAGGAGCUGAAACACUUGCCUAUCUGAUUGAACCAGAUGUUGAACUACAAAGAAUUGCUAGCAUAACAGAUCACCUAAUUGCCAUGCUUGCUGAUUACUUCAAAUAUCCCAGUUCAGUCAGUGCAAUCACUGAUAUUAAAAGGCUUGACCAUGAUUUAAAGCAUGCUCAUGAACUUCGCCAGGCUGCUUUCAAGCUUUAUGCCUCUCUUGGAGCUAAUGAUGAAGACAUCCGGAAGAAGAUCAUUGAGACUGAAAAUAUGAUGGACCGAAUUGUGAAUGGCUUGUCUGAGUCUAGUAUCAAGGUGCGGUUAGCUGCAGUCAGAUGUUUGCACAGUUUAUCCAGGUCUGUGCAGCAGCUUCGAACCAGUUUUCAGGAUCAUGCAGUGUGGAAACCUUUAAUGAAGGUUUUACAAAAUGCACCAGAUGAAAUUUUAGUGGUAGCAUCUUCCAUGCUGUGUAAUCUACUGCUUGAAUUCUCUCCAAGCAAAGAGCCUAUUUUAGAAUCAGGAGCCAUAGAGUUACUUUGUGGUUUAACCCAAAGUGAAAAUCCUGCUUUACGAGUGAAUGGGAUUUGGGCUUUAAUGAAUAUGGCAUUUCAGGCAGAACAAAAAAUAAAAGCAGAUAUUUUACGAAGUUUAAGUACCGAGCAAUUAUUCCAGUUGUUAUCAGAUUCAGACUUGAAUGUGUUAAUGAAGACUUUGGGACUUCUCAGAAAUCUCCUUUCCACUCGCCCACAUAUAGACAAGAUAAUGAGUACUCAUGGAAAGCAAAUUAUGCAAGCUGUCACUCUUAUUCUGGAAGGGGAGCAUAAUAUAGAAGUCGAAGAGCAGACAUUAUGUAUAUUGGCCAAUAUAGCAGAUGGAACAACAGCAAAAGAACUCAUUAUGUCCAAUGAUGACAUUUUGCAGAAAAUUAAGUAUUACAUGGGUCAUUCACAUGUUAAACUACAGCUUGCUGCCAUGUUUUGUAUAUCAAAUCUUGUAUGGAAUGAAGAAGAAGGUUCACAAGAACGGCAAGAUAAAUUACGAGAUAUUGGCAUUGUAGAUAUUCUACACAAACUCAGCCAAUCACCAGAUACAAACCUAUGUGAUAAAGCAAAGACAGCACUGCAGCAGUACCUUGCGUGAUGGGAGACCCAGCGAGUCUUCAGGCCCCUCUCCCCUCCCGUUUGUUUAAGGAGUAACAGGAAAUAGCCUCAUUGGGUUCCUUAUAUUUGCACAAGUCACCUUGGACUGAGUUUCUCUCACGUGCAGGGAGCUGUUUUGCAAAAGCAAUUUAGUAGAAUAGAUCUCAGAUACAUCUUGAGAACCUUCUUCAAGGUAGUAACUUACUCAGAGGACUAUUGUGUUUAUUUUUUCCUGAGCUACCUGGACUCUAUUAGAACAAUCAAUUGUCAUUUUCCUUUGGACCUACAAUUUUUUGCCUAUGCUGCAGCCACUUUGUGUGUGAAUGUGUGUGUGUGUGUGUGUGUGUGUGUGUGUGUAAAUGUGUGUUUGCGUGUGUAUGAAUGUAUGAGGGAAUACCUCAGAAUUUUGUUUUCUUAUUUUAUGUGUGAAAAUCUCUUUUCUACAGAUUUUCCAGGGUUUAAGCAUUGCUUGCUGUAUGAAAACUUUACUGAAUUAUAUACAGUUUGAAUGAUAUGUUAUUUUAAAAACAAAAAUUUGUUAAGUGUUCCAUAAAGGUUAUGUUGAAUUUUGGUCAGAUGAAUAUUUGUAAGUAAAAAUAUAUGCAUUUCUGAACCUCAAACUUAACUUACAUAUAUUUCCUUUUAAGAAAGAGAGAGAGAGAAAGAAAGAAAGAGGUUGAGAGAGAAAGAAAGAAAGAAAAUAUGGCUCUAGAUGACCUGAAUCACAGGCAAUAUUAAUGGUGCUAGCUAGCAUCUUACUGCCGCACAAUAUUAGCAGGUACUAGGGGCUCUUUCAGCCCAAUUAAGUUCUCAGGCUUCCUAAGUAAAGGGAUGGGGUAACUCUCCUUAAGGUUUUGAAAAUAUCCAAGGGGAAAUGUCAUGGUACUACUGAUAGUGAUGCUUCUGUGGCAAAGCACUGUGAGAGAAGAACCAGUGGGUUCAGUGCCAGCACUCACUAGGGAACUUGCCAGUCACAUUUGAAGAUCCAGAUCUCCUGCACUUAUGUGUACAAGUCUUAGGAUCGGCAUGGUAAGUGACAGCUGUUGGACAGUGAUUAGGCAAGACCGUUUCAGACCAGGUCAUUUCUUAGAAAUGCUGUCAGAAUCAAAAGGAAGGAAUCUGGCAAGUCUGAGUUUGAAGAUUCAUUGCAUCCUAAUAUUUGCACUUCCUACAGAAUAUAUCACUGUGAAAUGAAUUUGUUUUCUCCAAAGUUAAGCUAUUUCAGGAGGCUCAAGGUAAAGAGUUAAACAGUUUAAAAAGAAGUCUUUCUCAAGAGCAUUGCUAAGCAUAAUUAGCAUUUUGUAGCCAGGAAUUGAAACAUAAUGUGCUUUUAUGAAAGAGAUCAGGGCUUUAGUAACUGGUGCAAUCAGGCACCUUUAUGAAUAACGAUGGAGAACUUAAUGUCCAGAGAAGGAAGAGAAAAUAUCUUCAUGAUGACUGAAGAUGAUGUAUUCUCUCUGCACAAUAUAUGUAUCUUGUCUUUUUAAUAGCUUUUAGCUUAAAAUGUUCUCCAAGCUGUGGCUUAACUUGUCCCCAGAUGUUUACAUAAAACAUAAUGCAAGUUACAAUGGACUAUUAGAGGGAGAAAUCUAGCUCUUAUUUUCCUUCAAAUAAAAGAUCUCUUGAAGAAGGAAACCAGGUUUGCAAACCUGGAUGAGUCUACAAUUUGAGUCAAAGAAAAAAAUCUGGGAUUUCACUACCCAAUUCUGUCAAAUAUUACUAGGAUAUAAACUACUCUGUUACUAUCCAGCACUUUCCUUUAUAGAGUUAAUCUGUUUGGUUAAAAUAGAGCAUUUUCCAAAAAGUGCAUUUAACCUCAUUUUUUUCCCUACUCUGAAUGUGGCCACCUAGAGAUCCCCUGAUUUAAAUGCAGAGAUAAUGAAUGUUUAUUCCUUCAGGACAUCAAUGAAAAAAAGUCUUUUAAAAUAAACAUCUGGAUUUUGCAGAGAGAUCAAAAUGCAAAUAUGGGAAAACCUGGGGGUAUUUUUUUAAAAUCUAGUUUCUUGGAAAUAAAGCCUUAUUUUAAAACACAUUCAACUGAUGACAGUUUUUCUGGCACUAAAAACAUCCUUAAUUCAAACUUUUAAUGUGAAACAGUCCAAAGUUAGUAUCCAAUUAAAACAGACCAACAAUAAAAUGCUAAGACAAUCUAGACAUCACAUGGAAAGAAAAAAAAGUAUUUUUCCAGAAUAACAUCAGUAGACUAAAAGUCCACUAAAUAGCAUUUUCAAUCUCAAACUAUGUGAACUGAUAUUGCCUAUGGAUGUAUACAAAUAGGAAAAUUAAAAGUGCUUUACCAUAAACUAGCUCUUCUGAAUUUCAUGAAAAAAAUGUAUUUAUUAUGAUAGUACUGGUUUCUGCAUUACACGAAAUUUUUAGUCUGCAAGACACUGGCAACAGUGGAAAAUGGUCUUGUGUAUAUAGCCCAAGUUCUUAACUAAGCUUCUCAACAAUCUUUAAUACUGCUUUCUGUUUCUCCUUUUUUCUGUAAUCCAGGAUUUAUGAACUAGAAAAGAAUGUCCAAUUUAAUAAGUUGCAUUUAUUUCCUGAAGCACUUUAUUGAGAACGAUAAAUGUUCGGUAGUAUUUGGAUAAAAUUAUGACUUUUAACACAUUCUAAUAAAGCCAAGCAAAAUCACA